AAAAAUCCCGAACAGGAAUAAACAUUUUACAAAAUGGCUGAAGCAGAAAAGGAUCAAUUUGAAGACGAGGAGACAGAGGAUGAUGCCCCCCUGGAAAGAAGGAAUAAGAUAUUUUCAAAAGAAUUGCGCUGCAUGAUGUAUGGCUUUGGAGAUGACAGAAAUCCUUACACAGAAUCAGUGGAUAUCCUAGAGGAUUUGGUUAUUGACUACAUCACUGAAAUGACCAAAAAGGCAAUGGAAGUUGGAAGACCUGGAAGAAUAUCAGUAGAAGAUAUCAUUUUCCUUAUUAGAAAAGACCCCAAGAAAUAUUCCCGUGUUAAAGAAUUGCUGAUGAUGAGUGAAGAGCUUAGGAAAGCAAGAAAGGCAUUUGAUGAAAUUAAAUAUGCUACAGCCACAAAGUGAUUUAUUAUAGACUAUAUUUGGUUCAUGUAUAUAUAUAUUUUUUUUCUUCGAAAAAGACAUUGACCAACUUAAAGUAUGGAGUAGUGAAGUUGCAACCAACUUGAAUCAUGGAGUAAUAAAUAUGUAACCAACUUCAAACUGAUUUAAAAAUGAAAUUCACUAGUAAUUCACAAUUAUCAAAUGCAAAGUGAAAUUUUGAUCUAGUAAAUAGUUAAUACUGAUCAUCGUUACUUAUAUAUUGUUCGUUUCAUGAAAUGUAUGUGUCCUUGAUGGUAAUGCAAUAUUUUUAUCUGGAUGAAUGUUGAGAGUAUAAUUUGUUCUGGAAUGUGUGUUGAUUUGGAAGGUAUUUAUGCACACCAAUUUGUUUUUAUAUGUAUGUAUUUGUCAUCAAUGGAAAUAAAAUGUCUGAUAUUUUU